GGGCGAUGGGAGCGGAGCGGCGGGGCGCGGGGCUGCCUGGCGGCGCGGGGCGGGCGGGGGGGCGACCCCCGGGCGGCCUCCGGCACAUGGCCUUCGUCAUGAUGAAGAAGAAGAAGUUCAAGUUCCGCGUGGAGCUGGAGCUGGACGAGCUCUCCUCCGUGCCCUUCGUCAACGGCAUCCUCUUCUGCAAGGUGCGGCUGCUGGACGGUGGCAGCUUCAGCGGGGAGUCCUCCCGGGAGGUAGUACAGGCAAACUGUGUCCGCUGGAAGAAAAAGUUCUUAUUUAUGUGUAAAAUCAGUGCCAGUGCCACAACCGGGAUUCUGGAUACUUGCAUUUGUAGGGUGUCUGUACGGAAGGAGUUAAAAGGAGGAAAGGCAUAUGCAAAGCUGGGAUUUGCAGACCUAAAUCUAGCAGAGUUUGCUGGAUCAGGAAAUACCACUCGUCGCUGUUUACUGGAAGGUUAUGAUACCAAAAAUACAAGACAGGAUAACUCCAUUCUCAAAGUUUUGAUCAACAUGCAGCUAAUGUCGGGAGACCCAUGCUUUAAAAUGCCUCCUUCCACAGCAACAUCUAUAGCAAUUGCUGGAGAAUCAGAAUCUUUGCAUGAAGACAGGAGAGGUGGAGAAAACUUAAAAGUGGUACAUAUGGGCAUGGCAGAUGUCUCAUCAAAGAGUGCCUCAGUCCCAGAUGAACUUGGAGCAUGUGGACAUUCCAGAACAUCAAGCUAUGCAAGUCAGCAGUCAAAACUGGCAGGAUAUAACACGGGUCACUCUAGAUCAUACAGCCUGUCUGAACUCUGCCAUAGGAGAAACACCUCAUUGGGUAGUACCUCAACAGCAAUUGGAAGUAUCCUAGAGCCGUAUGAAGUGACUGAGCCAACUGAAGCUGAUAUCGAAACAUCUAUUCAAGAUGCACCAUCAGAAAAACUCUGCAGGCAUCCCGUAAAGCAAGACUCUGUGGAGUCACAGCUGAAGAGAGUCGAUGCUACCAGAGUUGAUGCUGAUGACAUAGUUGAAAAAAUACUGCAGAGUCAAGACUUCAGUUUAGACUCAAGUGCGGAAGAAGAAGGCUUAAGGUUAUUUGUGGGCCCUGGUGGAAGCACUUCUUUUGGAAGCCAUCAUCUACCCAACAGGAUCUGGAGCAUAUGAGCAGGUGGUGAUAAAACGCUAGAAUAGAAGACAAACAAGGAAAAGUCGGAACCCUGGCAUUGAUACUUCUCAUUUUUUUGCUCUGUUGCAAGAAUUGUUAAACCUAAAAUGAACUCAGUGUGAUCGUUUUUCAAAAAGUAAUGGACUGCCUCUUGCUCAUAGAGCUUCAUCUUCUGUGAUAUGAAGGCAAUGUUGAGCUAUGUAUACCUUGCGAGCACCUGGGCUGUUUUUCUAAGUUCUACCUGAUGUUAUGGAAUUACUUACUUUUUAAGUGGUAUUAAAUACUUCUGGAAGCAUUGAUAAGUGAGUCUCAUUUCAGUAUUUUAUACAGGAGAUCACUUGUGGUGAUGUGCUUUGUUUGCAACUUCUAAAGCAGCUUUGGAAAGUCUAGAGGUUUAAAUGCAUCGAUUGUGACGUCUGGUUUUGGGCAAGGGACAAAAGAAGUGGGAUACCACAUCAAAAUACUAAGGCACUGUAGUGCAUUAUCUAGAAAGCUGGCUUUAUUGUGAAAUCUGGAGUUCAAAAGCUGCUUCCAGAGGAACUUACUUCAAUAAUGCAUGAACUACGAGACUCAGUGGAAUGGUACUGUUUACAAACCUAGUCGGUAGCUUACUACCACUUAAAACUUUCUAUUGUAGCUUAAUCCUUCACAGUUAGUGCUUUACUUGUGUUUUGAAUGUGCCUUGGGAUCGGGGCAGUACAGGGAGAUUCAACUAUGUAGUGAGCAACUUAAGCUUUAAAACUAGGUAAACACCUAUACUAUUAUCAAUAAAACUUAAUAAAGAAGCACUUUAUUGUAGAUGUACUGUGCACUCUGAGAAAGUCUUACUGUGCAGCAGCCUUGUUGAACACUUCUUCCUUCACUGUCUGUGCUCUCUUACAUAAGGGUCAAUGUACUGUAUUUAAAUUUGCACAAGUAGUGAUGUACUUGACAGGCAAGAAAGACAAAAGAUCUCCAAAAUUUUCAUUGAGGAUCAUGAAGGAAUCUUAUCUUUAAAGGGAUGUUUUAGGUGCCACAGUUCUAAUUCGGGGUUGGCUCUGCUGUAUUUAAUUGUAAACUGCUAAUGACCUUAAUUUUGUUAGGAUUAGUUGUAUUGUUUAUCAGUAAGAGUUGGAUUAAAUAAAAAUACAAGUAUUGUGGCCAUUUCCCAAAGCUCUGAGUGCUUCAAAUUCUGCUCAGUGAUGUUUGACAUCCUUUUAUUGAAAUGUGAGUAGGCCAUAUUUAACAGGUUAAAUUAGGAAAAGCAGGCUUUGUUUUUUUUAAUAAAUCGAUAGUAGAGUUAUUAAGCAAAUUUUUGUGGUUUUUAAGGAAAUUUCAGAUUUUAAAGCUGGAGUACUGUUAUUGAAUAGGAUUAAUACGAGCUAUUUCUCAGUUACGGUACAUAAAUACUUUUAUUUCCUACUGUUAAUUAUAAUCUCUUUGAAGUGUUUUAAUGGGUAAAAGAAUUAAUACAAAGACUACAUUUUAGCUGCUGUCAAUAGAAGUGUGGUGUUAUCAGUUUCUGCCCUCCCCUGGAGUUUUAAACAGAAACUGCAUAACUGCUAGUGUGCAACUAUCUCUCCGAACAUGAUAGUUUCCUUUCCCGUUGUGUAACUAAUUUGUACCAAAAAAAUCCUACUGCAAACCAAAAGAUCCAUGAAAUUGGAAUAAAUUGAGUUGCUUUCAGUACUCUUUUAUCACUGCUACACUUGUUAACAAAUUUAUUAAACCCAGUAGUAGUUAGAUAGGAGUUUGUUUAAGCUUACUAGCAAAACCACUCAUUGUUUGAGGUCAAACAACAUUCUACAGAUACUUACAUCAUUCUGCAGGGAAUUCCCAUAGCCCAGAUGUGUAUUCUGUGUUAAAGGACACAACUAACUGCCAUAGAUUAGCUACUUUGUUUACUAGAAACCAAUUACUUCCUUGGCUGAGCGUAUCUUUUAACUAGGAGGGAAGUUUACAUGGAAAUCAAGCUUUUAAUAAAACUGUAUUCUAGUAAUUUAUUGUUCUUACUUUGAGCUCCAAGUUGUUAUGAAGUGAUUCUUUAAUUGUACAUAUUUUAAGUGGACCAUAACCUUCAUAUUUAGAUGUAGUAUUUUCUUUUUUGUAAACUGUGUUAUAAGAAUACUGGAGACUCUUACAUAGUAAACUAUUCGGGAUGUGUCAGUGGGUUGUUGGUUUUUUAACUGUAUUUAAAUGCUAAUGUCUCAGAUAUUCAAUAAACUCAUGUCUUCAGCUUGGAAUCUCU